AGCAUUCUAGUCGCACAACCAGCGUGUCCUCUCACGGCGAAGCACAUCGCGUCCGUCAGCAGUGCCGUCUUCGUUUUCGUUGUUGUAUAUAGUUGUAUAUAUAUCCCCUCCCCUUCUCUCUCCUCUCCCCUCAGCAUGGAGUCAAGCGAUGAGCCGAGGGCCUCCGCCCCUGUUGUGAGCAGCACGAAUCGUCAGCGAUCGAUUUCGAUCAUGGAAGACGAGGAACUCGCUGACCACGCCCCAAUGCAAUCGGCUGGUGGGCGCGGCAGGGACGCUUUCGCCUCGGUGCUGCCGCCCGACCACAGCGCGAGCAACGACCACAGCAGCAGCAGCGCGAACGCCUCCGUGACCGUCGCGCCCUCAACAGCGGCAGAGAAGCGGCAAGACGAAGUCCCCUCGCUGAACCCCACGCCUGAUCGUGCAUCUCUCCUCUGCAGCCCGGCGUACCACGCCGCCGCGCCCGGUGCGGUCGGCGCGAACCCGAGUGGAAGCCCGAACGGGCACACGCUGUCGUCGCCGUCCGGCCCCGGCAACCCUCCCGCGUCGUGGCGGCGUUCGUUGUCGCCAACCGCCUCUGUCGGCACGGCGCCGGGGGUCCUCGUUCGAAAUAACUCCAACGGGGGCGGCACAGCAGCAGCAGCAGCAACAAACGCCUCCGUCAGCGUGGCUGCUUCAGCGGCGGCGGCGGUCGGUGCCUCCACGUCCCGGCAGCAGCGACGGUCCAGUCUAAUGCACCGUCGGCCAUCUUCUUCAGCGUUCGGCAGCCACGGCGCAACGCGCGGCGGCGGCGGCGGCGGUGGAGGUGCGUCACCAGUGCCGACGAACGUGAAUGCCGGCAACGUCUACACACUGCAACUGACCGAGGACGACGGCGGGGUGGAGAUGGGGGCGGCGCGUCCGCUGCUGUUGGAGGCGCUGCGCCUGCGUAACGUGUACAAAGGCUCCGAUAAAGGGCAGCUGGAGGUGGGCGGCGGCGGCAACGCUAGCGGUCCAGGCUCCCCGCUGACGAACGGGCUGACCGCGCUGCAGCAGGUGGACGGUGUUUUCUACUGGACGGACGAGCGGACCCCGAUCGUGUCGUGGGGACAGUUUAUGUCGGACGUGAUGGAGGUGGCCACCUGCGUGCAGCACCCGUCCUGCCUCUCCCUCGCCGCCUACCGGCUGCAGGUGCUCGAGGAGAAGUUCCAUCUUCACCGGCUGUACAACGCGGAUGUCGAGGAGAACGGCGAUCGCUUUCGCCGCGGCGGUGGUCUCUACGCCAACUCGUGGCGCGUCGACAACUGCGUGGGGGCGUGGACGGUGAUGAAUGCGCAUUGGUUGGUCGAGUACAUUCAGCAGACCGUCGAUGCCCACGGCGGGGAUCUCGUGGAUAGCGCGGAUGUAAACACGAUGGUGGGGGGUAGCGGCACCGGUGGAGGGAGCAGCCCGAGCGGGAACGGCCCCGGCGUGGCACCCGGUGGCGACCCGCAGACCCUGGAGCGCGUCUGCGAGCUGCUCGACUUUCCUGAUCCGUACCUACUCACGGUAGAGGGUUUGGGGCUGCAGCCCUCCGUCAACCGCGCGCUGCCCUACUACGACGCUCUGGACCCGGCGCUGAACGGCAGUGGACGGAACAGCGCGGCGUUGCUGCGGCUUUUCCUCUCGAUCCGCAGCAGCUCUCCGCAGAAGGGCGACUACCUGGCGGGGGCGGUGCUGCCCUCCCUCACCCGCAACGAGCUCCGCACCAGCUGCCCGCAGGCGACGGAGAUGGCGCUGGAGAUCACCGGGGUGCUGUCGCAGGAGUGGGAGCAGACGGCGACGUGGGUGCGCACCCACGAGCUCGACAGCUACCGCACGAAUCAGUUCCAGAUUCUCUUCCCUUUCACGAAGUGGUGCGACGGCGGCGGUGGCCGAGGGCCAUACACUGCGCGGACCGCAGCGGCAGCAGGUGGGGGUGGGGGUGGUGGAGGCCCGCACGACAGCGCCGAUGACGGCCCCAACGGGGCACCCGGAGACGGGAUGGAAAUCCAAGGGCUGUUCAAGUUAUCGGGAAUCGGCAACGCCGGCCUGGGUCACGACGCCGUCCCACUCGACGCGUCGCCGGAGGACGUCUUGACCUACGAAAACUACCAGCAGCUGCUCGAUCACCUCUUCCUGCCUCUCUUUAUGGCCACGCUGGUGCCGGAAGAUCCGAAGUUUGUCGAUCUCGCGUCGCUGCUGCAGCACACCGGCGCCAUUGUCCUGUCCGGCGAUGAGACAGCGAAGACGCGUGGUGGGCUAGGUGGUGGCGGUGGAGGCGGUAGAGGCGCGAGCGGCAGCAGUCACAGAGAAGCCGCGCGCGGUCGCCGCGAGGGCGACGGUGGCUCGCAUGCGUGCUCCUCCUCCGACGGCACCGACCACGUCGACGCCAACGCAGGUCGUCGGCGACCGGCGGACGUGCCCUUCACCGAGCCCGUCCCCCUCACUUACAUGUGCUACCACAUAUGGGCGAACCUGUCCUCCCUCAACGCGCUGCGCCAGCGACGCGGCCUCAACGUGCUGCAGCUGCGCGUCGUCGCGUCGAAUGCGAUGAUCCCGAACACGUCUUCGCCGUACGACGCGAGCCUGCUGCUCCUCUCCUACUUGAUUGCGGACGUGGUGGUGGACGCGGUGGCGCUGGAGAAACAGCCCGCGUUGCAGUACCUCUACGGACUCUCGCAGGUCGGCGUGACGAUGUGUCCGAUGGCGCGCGGUGGCCUCGGCAUCACAAACCUCAGCGAGCACCCGGUAGCGCGCCUGCUGUGGCGCGGACUGCAGGUGUCGCUGUGCACUAUCAGUCCCCUCUACUACCACUCCUCGCCGGAACCGUUGUUGGAGGAGUACACCGCCGCCGCGAAGUGUAACCGACUCUCCCCGACCGACAUCAGCGAGCUGAGUCUGCACUCGGUGUGCAUGUCCACCUUUGAGGACGAGGUGAAAGCCUCGUGGGUGGGGGCGGCUUUCCUGCGGGAGGGCUGGCGCGGCAACGUCGCGGAGCUGACGAGCGUGCCAACGGCGCGGCUGCAGCUGCGGCACGACUCGUGGACGGUGGAGCGCACCCUUCUCUGCGGGCCCACGCUGUCGGCGUCACCGUUCUCUGCCCCACGCUUGGGUGUGACCGCUGCAGCAGCAGCGACGGCAGCGGCUGCGGGGUCUGGCGACGCGAUGGAGUUUACAUCGGGCGGCCCCAGCAGACAGAGCAAGCAGGGCAGCACGACGAACCUGCGAGGGCGGGACGCGCCGGUGCCGGCGGCCGCGGUGGUGGGGACGACGACGGCGACAGCUCGCUACGGCAGCAGCACCGCUACCCCGCUGCGUCGCACCGCCAGUGCCGCUCGCCUUGGUGGGCCGCCCGGCUCAGCGACCACCACCGGGGCGGUGCAGCAGGCGUCGCCGUACACGGUGUUGGACCCCGCCACCAACUUCCCCCGGCUCUUCCUGAUGGGGCCGUACGACCGUGACAUCGCCAACGCGCACAUCGCCCAGUCCCUCCACCGCGCGAUGGACCUGCGGCAUCAGUACAGCGCCCUGCCGCUUCCCCAGCCCCCCACGCUCCCGCCGUCCGAGGCGGCGAUUGAGGUGGUCGCGUCGGGGAUGGACGGCAACGAGGAGGAGGUGCGGAACAGCUGGCUGGCCGCCCUCAUCCACGACCCGCAGGCCGUCCUGCCGCACCCUACGCAGUCGAUGAGCUGGGCGUUCAAGAAGGCCUCGCCGGCCGCGGCCACCGCCGCCUCGACCACCACCGCGCCCGUCGUGGUGGCCGGUGCUGCAGGGCGCCCAUACUUACACUUCGACGAGGACGAGUGGAAGUACAAGACGGUGGAGGGCAUCAUCGUGCCGCACGAGGUGCACCAGAUCCCGCGGCUGCCGCAGGAUAUGUUUCACUACGAGGACUUCUGCCGGCACGUGCAGGAGAUUCGGCUCUUGAUCGACCACAUCCGCGUGCGGGAGUUUGCCCUGCGUCGGCUGCAGCUGCUGGAGCACCGCUUCAACCUGCACGCCGCCGUGAAUCACAGUUUGGAGCUGGGCAGCACGGCGGAGCGGGCCUCGCAGAACCGGGACUUCUACCAGUCCACCAAGGUCGACAACAACAUUCGCAUGGAGACGGGCAUGACGGCCCGGCAGCUGCUCGCCUUCAUUGUGGACAAGGCGACGCACAACGGCGACGAUAUCGUGUCGCACCCAAAAGGCAAGGAGCCGCAGACGCUGCGCCAGCUGCUGUCGGAGCUGCACAUCAGCCCCGGUUCCUUGACGGUGGAUGACUUGAACAUCCAGGCAGGGGCGACCUCCAGCGACGGCGGCGCGCCGCACAACCCCUUCUCCGCCGAAGGCUCGCAGGAUGAGCUGCUGACGCUACUGCUCAAGACGGACAACCAAAUGAACGGCCGCUACUUUGCGGAGCUGACGAAGCGCACCUUCGAGGAGCUCUCACGCGAUCAGCACACCUUUACCGAGAGCCGUCUCCCCGUCUACGGCGCGAGCGCCGGGGAGUGGGGGCUGCUGUCGCAUUGGUUCGACACGCACGGCAUGUCCUCCUCGCACAACCAGUGGGUGGUGCAGGUCCCGCGCAUAUACAGCUCCCUGCGCAAGGCCGGCCGCGUCGCCAGCUUCGCCGAGUACCUGGAGCACAUCUUCGAGCCGCUCUGGCGCAUCUCCCUGCACCCCAACAGCGACCCGCGUCUCUUUCAUUUCGUCAACCACAUCGCCGCCUUUGACUGCGUCGAGGAUGAGCGGCAGCCCGACAUGCCGCUCCACCGCGCUACCCGGGCCCCGCAUGAGUGGACGUCCGAGGAGGAGCCCCCGUACAACUACUACCUCUACCACCUGUACGCGAACCUGCGCUCUCUCAACCGCUUCCGCCAGCGCCGUCGCUUCUCCGUCUUCGCGUUUCGUCCGAGCUGUGGCGAGGCCGGCAGUGUCGACCACUUAAUCGGCGGCUUUCUUCUCGCGCAGAACAUCAACUACGGUGUGCGCCUCGCCGACAGCAUGCCGCUGCAGUACCUCUACUACCUUGCCCAGAUUGGUGUGACGCUGAGUCCGCUGAGCAACAACACGAAGCUGGAGCUGAACUACCUGAACAACCCAUUUCCUGAGCUCUUCCGCCGCGGGCUGCGCGUCUCGCUCGGCACCGACAGCCCUUUGCUGUACCACCACACCCAGGAGCCGCUGCUGGAGGAGUACUCCAUCGCGUCGAAGAUUUGGAAGCUGAGCCCCAACGACCUCUCUGAGGUGGCGCGCAACAGCGUCCUCCUCUCCAACUUCAGCGUCAGCUUCAAGGAGGAGAAGCUCGGGCCCCUCUACUUCCUGUCCAGCAGCGCCGGCAACGACGUCACCCGCACACACCUGUCCAACGUGCGGGUGGCGUACCGCUUUGAGGCCUACCACACGGAAGUCGGUUUUCUCGAGUACAUCUCCGGCCAGCACUUUCACAAGGCGCUGCUGACGCUCGCCACGGAGGCGCAGUGCAAGCAGCUGUGCGGGGUAGCGGCGGUAGUGGUGGACAAAGGCGCCACCGAGGGCAUGGCCGACGGCGAAGGAGACGCCAAGGCGAAGAAUCUCACCGAACUCCCCGCACGACAAGGAGAGAAGGAAGGAGAGCGCAGCCCCACCAGCCACUCGCCACCGCCGGUGCGCGGCAAUGCUAUUCUCAUCGACCCAACACCGAAGGAGGCGGAUGUAAAGCAGCUGGAGCAGCAACGAGCGCGGAUGCAGCGGCAGCUACGCGAGGUGACGGGCGCCGUGACGGAUCUGCAGAAACAAAAUCGUAUGCUGACAGCGAAGCUCGGCGAGGAGAAGGAGCGGGACAACCAGGCAGCCCAGCUGCGCCGCCACCGGGUAGGAGAUAAGCUGCGCGAACUGCAGGCCCUGCUCGACCAGAAGCAGGUCCAACCGAAUGGAACGCCAGUGUCGCUGCUGUCGUCCCACGGCGAACCGACGUCGGCCACGAUGCGCCGAGGUGGGCACGCUGCACAGCGAGGGGGGCGGAGCUCGGACACGGGGCCCGCAGCAGCAGACGCCGCGAGUGAGUCCUCUCGCUCUGCGUCGUCGCACCCCUUCGGUCCGUCACCGACGUCGUUUGGAAACGAAAGCUCGCAGUUCCCGACGGACGCCUCAGCAGCAGCAGCAGCGAGUCUAACCCCGCUGACACGCGGAGGUGAUGGUGGCGGUCGCGGUCGCGGUCGCGCCGGCAACACGAAUGUGGCGGCGUCAGCGGAGGGAGGUCUUUCAUCCGUCGCAGCAGCCGUGGCAACAGCGGAGCAGAACGCCGCUUCGUACGCCGCCAGCGCCCCUCCCGCACCGGCCCUCUCCUCGCGCGACGUCUUCAUCACUGUGCGGAGUCGAAAAGCGGUGCAGCAGGAGGCGACGAUUGCGCAGACGCGGCAGCUGCUGGCCCACUCCGAGUCCUUGUGGCGCUCGCCGUCAUCCGGUAGUGCGCAGAAGGCGGAGGGGAUGUUGCCUCCGUUGGAUGUUGCGCCGCCGUUGCAGCGCACGCGCUGGUCGCCUCCGCCCUCCGCGCAGGAUUAA